CUUCCUCUCCUUCCUCCUCCUCUUCCCUCCCCGCCCAUCCCCCCCAUCCUCCUCUCUCUCCCUCUUCCUCUCCUCCCACCUCCCGGCCGCCCACAAUGCCGAAAACGCUGACGGAACUAACAGACAAGUUCCUCAACGGGUUCGAAGGCUGUGCGAUCAUGGGGGUCGUGGACAGCUUCCGGAGGGAGAAGCCCCUGAGCGAGAUGAUGUCCUUUCUCCUGUGUCUUCCCGAGGCCCACCGGCACCUCACGCCCGCAGAGUGCCGCCCGGAGCUCGAGAGGGAUGUCAGGGCAGCCGAGCAUUUCCGCGCUCAAGGGAAUGACUAUUACCACAGGAUGCUCUUCGAACAGGCUCUGCAGAUGUUCAGCACGAGCAUCCUGCUGUCGCCCCAUCCUCCUCGGCGACCUUACCCUGCUGCCGGCGAGAAGGAAUCGUCCGAAGGGAGCGACACCUCGUUCCUGCCCUUUUCGAGAGAAGAGGAAGACGAAGAGAAACAGGCGUUGUCUCUGGGCUACGCGAACCGGUCGGCGAUGCUGCUGGAGUUGAAGCAAUAUUCCCUCUCCCUCAGGGACAUCAGCCUCGCCCUCAGGUUCGGCUACCCGAAGCGCCUGCGGUACAAACUGGUCAGCAGGUGGGCCCGGUGCCUCAUUGCGCUCGACAGGGACCGCGAGGCCAUGCAGUUUCUGGACGCAGCUCUCGAGGGACUGGACAGUCUCCCCUGCGACGAACUCACCCUCGCCAGCGCCAAAGUGUCUCUCCUGAUGGUUCGCCGGGCGUGCAAGAAGGCCGGUUCCUCGCCAAGGGGUUCUCCGUCCUUUUCUCUCGACGCUCUUGCCCACGUCAAGGAGAAGGAAUUCACGGUCCCCAGCCUGAAGAAAAUCAACCGGUCCGCGCCAGCUCUGAGCAGCGCCGUGAAGGUGGCUUACUCGUGCGCGAAGGGGAGGCACCUGCUGGCGACGAGGGACAUCAAGCCAGGUACGCUGUGUAGGGAUUUCAUGACCACGCCAGGGGAGAAAGUGCCAUUGGCUGGUGCAGUCACCCUCAAAAUAAAUGAAAAACGACGAAGGUUCACCCUUGUCACUCUGCAGGUGUUGUUCUGCAGCCUGAAGUGUCAACAAGAAGCGCUGUCGACUUACCACAGGGUCGAGUGUCCGAUCGGCCCCGCCUUGGCCCCCUGGGUCUCCCCUUAAGGCGUCCUGGCCUUUUGGGGUCGUCCCCAAGAUGCCCCUGAAAAGCAAAAAGGGAGGAGGGGAUUUAGCAGGGUCGAGACGCGGAAGGCGGCGACGCUGGGGUUCAACAGCGAGGAGAAAUACGUUUCGUCGAGCUACCGGGCCGUGUAUCACCUGAGCACCAACCAGGCGCUUCGGCCGGACCUCGAUCUCUUCCACGCCUGCGUCACGGCCUUCGUCCUCCUGAAACUCCUGCAGAAGAGCGGACGGUACUUCCGCUGCGAGAAGGGGCAGCCCUGCUCGCCCUCGCAUGAAGACCUGGUGCUCGUGGGGACCGCUCUCUGCGCCCACGUGCUCAGGGCGCCGUGCAACGGACUCCCCGUCAUUGAGCACGUGAGAGACGACGUGUUUUUGACAGGGUCCCAUUGCAACGUCAACAUCGGCCUUGGCUUGUUCCCGACGCUGAGCCUGGCAAACCACGCCUGCGACCCGACUGCCACUGUCCUUACGUGCCAAACAGGAAGUCUGAUGAUGUCUCUAAGUUUCAUUCCGAAAGGAGGUGAAGUGACCCGCUGUUAUGGGGUUUCCCACUUGCGCAUGGAAAAGAAGAGGCGGAGGGCACUGUUGCAAGAAGGCUACCACUUCCUGUGCGAUUGCAAUGCGUGUGAAAACGACUGGCCACUUUACGAAGACCUUCCUAAGAGUCUGAUCUUAAUUUUCCCCAAAUGCUCCCAGCCCCUUUUGUUCCUGGUCUCAAUGCGAAGUAAUAUCGACUAUGGUAAACCUCUGACAAAGAGAGAGGCCAAGGUGUCCAACCGGUAUUUCUGUAUGGAAGUCUUUCAUAAGAUAGAAAGCGCCAGGCAAAAAUUCAUUUUUUAUGCCAACCCGCCGGUGAAAUUUGAUGAAACUGAAAAAGACAUCAUCUGCGAUCUGCUCCUUUUGCUGGAUAAAUACACUAAAUUUCCCAUAAAGAUUGUGUGCGCUGUUAGACAGGCGCUGAACAUUUGGCUGAAGUUCUGGGGACCCGCCAAACACUUCCAGUAGUCUUCUGCUGUGAAUUUCCUUUCCUUUGUCUUGGUUUGUGCAAGGGACACCCGAAGCUGUACGUGUCGUGGUCAAAGCUUGGCUACCACUGGUAACGUUUAGAUUUGAGACCUCAGGCUCGCCACGAAGGCACCUGCAGGCUUACCUGAACUGAUCUCCUCUGCCAAUCAACUCAUCCACAGGUCAUGCAGGUCAGUCAGGGAUCCGAACAGGUAGAUUAACAUGAAAACUCAUAAAGAUAGGAAUCAGGACCUCCACUAUUGCCACCAUGUCUCAUUCUCAAUAAAUUUGAACCCAGGCAUUAUCGGAGAACCCUUAUGUGUGUAUACUUAACUGUAUACGUGUAAAUACAUUGUUUCAUGAAACACAGAAAAGUACUUCGGACAAUUUCUCUUUUCCCUUGAGAUAGUACGGUUUGGCUGUUCUCCUUAGGUAUGGAGACACUGUGACAAUAUACGAUGGAACAUUUGCAUUAACACUUCAAGUUUCAAAUGAAAUGUAUGUACAUUUUCUCUGAUUCAAAGAAGUAACUUGUACGUACAUUUUCUCUGAUUCAAAGAAAUGACUUGUACAUUGUCUCUGUUUCUUAUGAAUUGCAUGUACAUUAUUUGUAUGUACAUUUUCUUAGUUUCAGGUGAACUGUAUGUUAUUGAUUUUGUUAAUAAUAUGGUGCAGGGUUAGGAUAUGAUCCUAUACAACCUACAGCAUUAAAAAUUAUAUAUAAUGAAUUAUGAGCUUUAUGCAGAACAUGAUAAGUAAAGUAAAAAAAAAAAGUGAUAGUAUAUGUUCAUACGACUUAAUUCAAAAUUAUAUAAGGUCCAAUUUUAUCCUGUAUAUUUUGUGUAUGUUAUGUUUGGUUCCAGUGUUGACAGAGUGUGGUUAGCCGGUGGCGUGAAUUGCAGUGAAAUGAAACAACAACAAAAACAGUAAUAGUGAUAAUAAUAAUAAUAAUAAAACACCAAUAAUAACAAUAAUAUCUACAAUAAUAAAAAUCAUUAUAAUGAUAACAACAACAAUAAUAGUAACAAUGAUAAUAAUUGCUGAUAUGAUCAUUGUUAUCACUAGUAUUAUUAUAAUGAUAAUAAUGAUGAUGGUGAUGAUGAUGAUCAUCAUCAUCAAUCGUCAUCAUUAUUAUUAUCUCGAUUGUUUUGGUUAAUGUGGUUCACUAAGGGUUUUUUAUUAGUAUUUAAGUACAGACUAAGUCUGUAUUUUACAGCCUCAUUAGUAAGUCUCAUUUUCUUUGCUGAUCGACGAAAUAAGGGAAAUCUAUGAUCGGCAGCUUGAGUCAGCAUUUUAUAUAUAUAUAUAUAUAUAUAUAUAUUUAUAUAUAUAUAUAUAUAUAUAUAUAUAUAUAUAUAUAUAUAUAUAUAUAUAUAUAUAUAUAUAUAUAUAUAUAUGCUUUUAUAUUAUAUAUCUAUUUUUAUAUAUGGCAGUCAAUGAUUUGACACAAAAUAGAAGCUAUAGAACGCGGUCGAUUGUAAAGAGUAUAUAUUGUACUUUAAUGGAAGCAAUACAUAUGAUAAUUAUAUAAAACAUAUAUA